AGACUUCCUGUUAUGACGAAUGUUAUUUUCCCUUUGGCACUUAGGGAGCAGAGGCAUUUUAAAGUUGUUACCAAUAGACUGUAUUUUAGUAUAUGUUGGUGUGAAAUCACAUGGUUAAUAGGUAGUCUACAUAUAACAGACUGCGGCGAAUUGAUACCAUCCAAAAACUGUAACGAAGCGCUCAAGAGUCGAGACGCGAAGGAAUUUGGUCACGGUGAGAGCGACUCCAAAGGAGUCAUUGAAUAAAUGUAACUUAUGGGUACGACAGAAAGACAGAGAGGAGUUAAAUACAUGGAGGGCUAUCUAGACUUCAAGGAAUCAUCCAAGUGGUUAAAUUACUGGGCUGUGUUACAUGGAUUUGAGUUGCUUUUGGUCAAGGAUGAAAAGACAGAUAUUAGUUUAAAAGAAAACAUUAAAUGUCAAAUUGGCAUAAAUGCAAACUCUAGCUUUUCUAGUGGUAAAACCAGCAAAGACAAGUUUGAAUUUGAACUCAAAGUAAACCGCAAGAAAUACUUAUUUAGGACAAAUUCUGAACUUCUUCGUCUUCAGUGGGUGCACUCAAUAGGACUUGCUUCACAGGGAAAGCUUCCCGCAAAUUCAACAAAUUUUGAGUCUGAAUGUGGAAAAUCCCCUACCAACAACAACGAACCUCUCAAAAGGAAAAUCUCUAACCAGUACACUGAAGUACCAAUUUUUAACAUUAGUCCAGAUGAGUUUAACAUCAGUCCUGGAGUGAAAGGUGAGGAAGAAAUGCAGAAGACAAUUUUGGGAAAAGGAAAGCACCAUUCAUUCAGCAGCCAUUGCAAAAAACUGCUGGGAAUUAAAGAGAAGCUGAAAGAUAAUGGUGACGACUCAGAGGAGCAACCUAGACCUGACUCACUAGGAGCUGAGGCCACCCCAGAAGCACUCUAUGAUGAUUUUCCAGAUAGCAAACCUCCCUGGUUUUUUGGUAAGCUCACAAGGGAAAAUGCUGAAACAGUCCUCCAACCCCAUUCUGAAGGGAGCUUUUUAGUAAGAGAAAGUGAAACAGUUCGUAAGCUAGGCGCUUACACCCUCUCAUUGAAGCACAGAGAUAAAUUCCGUCACCACAAAAUUGAAACAUUGUUUGAUGGAAACCUGGUUAUUAAAGGACAUGAGGAUAAACCUUUUCCAAAUCUCGUAACUUUGAUGAAGUACUUUACCAAAAGUCAGGAACAAGAUAUCGUCAUGAAACCAGUGAUUUGUGAUACAAGUACUAACAGUGUGGAAAAUGCCAUGAAAGGUUAUGAACCAAUGGAUGCUCGUCUUCCUCCAACGGGUUGCGAAGAGAGAAUUGACCCAAAUGAGGCAAUGGAAACCAGAGGACGACAAGUGAAACAAUCCUAUGAAAACAUUCCAACCAAGCCUCCCCUGAGAAGUCGUGUAACGUCACCCGAUCUGUUCGGGACUCGUUGUUAUGAGAACAUACCCACCAAAGGUGUUAGAAGUGCAACAGUCGCUGGUUAUGAGGCAAUGGAUCCGAAAGGUGCGCCAGUUUUACCUCCUAGACAAACAGUGGUAAAACACCCCGGAUAUGAGAAUAUCCCCGAGAAAGAGCCGGAACCGUUGCCUCCAAGACAGUCUACAUCCCAGGGGUACGUCAAUCUUCCUCCAAAGGAUGUGGAAGAUCCUCCCACACUUCCACCAAGAAUUCCGUCUCGUGUCCAUGGAUACGAAAAUGUACCGACGAGAGACGUAAGAAGUCCGCCAUCGCAAUCUCUUCCAUACCAAAACAUUCGACCAGACGUCCCAUCACGUCGCCAGGGCAGACCGCCCCCGUCAUUAAGUCGAGCAAAUACAGUGCCAGCUCAUAUCAUGCAAAAUACUUUACAAAAG